AAACGUAAACAUAUUUUAAUCUUGUGUAAUGAAGAUGUCCUGCAGGUGAAAGUGGUUCGAGUUUUACUUUCAGGAUUAACGGGAAUUAGAGCGACCAGAUUCGCUCCCUCGAAAUGGCUCUUCGAUUGUUGGUUAACUGUGGAGGGAUUCCUGCAUUGGGAAGAACCGCUGCAUCGAACAUGAAUCAGGUUCAAUUGCUCAAUCCUACCCGGUGUAGUCGACAAGCGAACAUUUUCCGCUUCAAUCGUCUAGGGCGGAGCAGUCGAUCGGAAUCAUUCGCUCCCCGGCAAACGAUAGUCCCAACCGAAGUGCAGGGUUUGGUGAUAGAUUCCGGUCAUAUCGAUCCGUCGAAAUUGUGGAAAUCAUUCGUGUUCACGGUUGCUUUUAGCACCGGAAGUUUUAUUGGCGUUACAAUAUGGGAGUACGAAUCGAUUAGGUCACGGGCAAUGAAUGCGUUGCGUAACAAACUGAAUAUGCACUGGUUCAAGGAUCGAAUAAAAGCCGGUCGGCAAGAGGCGGAGCAAUGGCGCAAGGACGUUAACGGAUGGUGGAAUCGGUUAACGCCGGGCGAACGAGUGUUCGUUCCCAUUUGUGCUCUGAAUGUGCUGGUCUUUGGGCUGUGGCGGCUGCCACGGUUACAGCCGAUGAUGGUCAAGUAUUUUGCUUCGAAUCCAGCAGCAAGGGCAGUCUGUUGGCCAAUGUUUCUGUCUACAUUCAGUCACUAUUCGCUGCUACACAUUGCGGCAAAUAUGUACGUGUUGCACAGUUUUAGUAACCCUGCAGUUGCCACCCUUGGAAGGGAACAAUUUCUUGGGCUGUACCUGAGUGCCGGCGUGAUUGCCUCUUUUGCCAGUCAUCUGUUCAAAACCGUUACGCGACAGCCCGGGCUUUCGUUGGGGGCUUCCGGAGCGAUAAUGGCUGUGCUAGCUUACGUUUGCUAUCAGUAUCCUGACACCCAGCUUAGCAUCGUGUUCUUGCCCAUGUACACAUUUUCGGCGGGAGCGGCAAUCAAAGUUAUAAUGGGAAUCGACUUGACCGGGGUACUUCUUGGGUGGAAAGUUUUCGAUCAUGCAGCUCAUUUAGGAGGGGCUCUGUUCGGUUUGUUCUGGGCGUUUUAUGGUAGCCAGCGUGUUUGGCCUAUGAGGGAACAUUUUGUCGGCUACUGGCAUGAGCUACGAGGCCCACCGAAAAAAUAGGCAGUUACAAGUGUUCAAUUAUUUUAUUCGUUGGCAUCAGUUUGAGACGAUAUUAAUGUAGUUUCGAAUUUAAAUUGUAAAUUUUCUUAAAUUUUGUAUUUUUGGAAGUAUGAUUUAAUACUGCGAAUAUAUGCCAAGUCGUAGAAAUUUCACGAAAUCUUUAAACAAAAUGUUGCUUUAAACCUUGGUAACAAUGUAUGUCCAUUUUACGCAAUGAGAAUGAAAACGCUUAAACCUUGUCUUUAUAAUUUUAUUCAGAUUUUUUCAAGUGUUUUCUUCGUUUGACAAAAGUUAAACCAAUUUAGUAAAUAAAAC